UAGGGAGGACGGCAUGGAACUAGUUGGGAUUACGUGUUCAGGAAUGCAGACUGGUGGAAUCCUUAGCCUGUGAAUCUGCAAAUCCCUCAACUUCAAGGUUAAAUGAAUUUUCAACGGUUUUACAGAGAUGAAGAAGCUGCUGCUUUGGAUUCUAGUGGCAGGAAUCACAACUCAGACUCUCACCCAGGACUCCAAGGAAUCUGCAAAGGAGGACGGGAAUUCAAUGGAUUUUGUCCACCCGAAUAACCGCACCCAGUACUGCCACUGGCCCUGCCAGUGUCCAAAGCGGUUGCCCAGGUGCCCACCUGGCAUUAGCCUGGUGAUGGAUGGCUGUGAAUGCUGCAAGACAUGUGCCAAGCAGCUGAGAGAGAACUGCACGGAGGCAGACACCUGUGAUUACCACAGAGGACUGUACUGCGACUAUAGUGGGGAUGCCCCUAGGUACGAAGUAGGAAUAUGUGCAUAUAUGAGUGGAAUUGGUUGUGAACUCAAUGGUGCCAGGUACUACAAUGGGCAAAGUUUUCAACCCAGCUGCAAGUACAAGUGUACAUGUAUGAAUGGUGCAAUCGGCUGCGUUCCAGUGUGCAGGGAAUCCCGUCCUCCACUCAUCUGGUGUCAGAACCCCAAACGUAUAAAAAUACCAGGAGAGUGCUGCGAGCAGUGGAUAUGUGAUGACGCAAAGCUGAGGAAGGCUGCACCUCGCCAUGUGUCCAUGUCAGCGUUCCAAGGGGAAUUGGAAGUGUGGCACCAGAACUGCUUAGUGCAAACUACACAAUGGAGUGAAUGUUCCAAAUCCUGUGGAAUGGGGAUUUCAACCAGGAUUUCAAAUGAAAAUCGCCAGUGUAAGAUAGUGAACGAAAGACGCCUUUGUUACUUAAGGCCGUGCAACGUUGACAUUACCAAGCAUAUCAAGGAGGGGAAAAAGUGCCUCAGUGUCCUGAAGCAGGUGGAACCCGUAAACUUUACCUUGUCUGGGUGUGUGAGCCAACGCACAUAUCGACCCAAAUACUGUGGCAUCUGCACAGAUGACCGAUGCUGCACUCCCCAGAAAUCAAAGACCAUUAAGGUGAAUUUUGACUGCCCUGAUGGUCUGGGCUUCUCCAAGAACAUGAUGUGGAUAAACUCCUGUUUCUGCAACCUAAAGUGCAAGAAACUAAACGACAUCUUUGCAGAUCUGUUGAAUUAUCCUGACUACUCUGAAAUAGCAAACUAAGUGCUAAAAAGUACAUCCUUUUGACUAACUGCUGACGAGAAUGGCAAGAAUACUGGAGAAUAAGUACGAUUUUGGCCUGAAGUAACAAUGCAAAUCAUGUACCUGUCAUCAAUUGCCAGAAAGAUACAUGUUCCAUAUCUCAGCUUUGAGGAAUUAUCAUUUUUUGACAAAAUAAAAUAAAUUUAUUUAGUGAAUUAAAAUAUUCAAUAGAAUAUUAAAAGAUAUUAUUUACUGAGGUGUUGGAAGUUCAGUCAGUCGAUACUACUUUUCAUGACAGUACUGAAAAUGUGCAUUCCACCAUUUAGAGUGAUAAUUAGAUAGUUGGUGUUUUAAAUCCUCUUUUUCAGGUUUUCUCAUUUGACACCAAUCUGAGUAUCACAAAAAGAUACAAAAGUCAGGGGAAAAAAAUUCAAGCAUCAUCAAAGCAACUUCAUUCCUUUUACAUUGAAUUUAAACUGAUUUGUUUUCUUCUUGUCAAAUAAAGGAUUAAGAUCCAAUGGCAAUAUUAA